UGCACCAGAUGCCAGGAGAGAGGUAAAACAUGUGUUUACGGCCGUUUCGCCAAUGCCGUUGAGAAGCAGACAACGCAUAAAUCUUGUGGACAAGCAUCAUCAGUUCAUAAGCCUGCUCCUAUGCUGGUCUCUCCCCCAUCUCCGGCCCUGUCAGAUUCGGUGGCUGCAAUGCCUCCCAUAGUUGAUUCAUUACCGGGGUCUCACUAUGUGGAUGAAGAUCAAAAGGCAGAGCCUGACCUGGAGCAAAACCGGGCAUACUAUACCGCACAUGGACGGUUUGCCGACCAGGUCGCCGCUGCUAUCGAUGUGAGGGCAGGGCUCAUCCCCGCCACUUGUCAUCAGAUCCCACUCGUAGAUGCGCCGCUAUUUGGAGAUCUUGACCUACCUUCUCAAUCCUGUCCUUUGUCUUCGUCAACCGAAUUGCCUCCCCGGGCAUAUUCCGAUCAAUUGAUUGACAUAUACUGGCAACACGUUGACCCUAUGGAGCCAGUGCUAGAUCGCCAGCACUUCCUAGAAAAUUAUGAAAAGGCGUAUUCAACAACCAUGACGCCACUCUACACAGACUACAGUAUCUGGCUUGGCAUUCUCAAUGUAGUGUUUGCCCUGGCAGUUCAAAGACAAGAAAACAUCCCGCUGCUUCAAAGAAACGAGGAGGGAAAUCGCUUUUUUCAGCGCGCAUGGGCCCUGCUUCCAGCUGAGUCUAUGCUAUGGAAACCUGCAUCACUCGAGCUCGUGCAGUGCCUGAUGCUGAUGAAUCGGUACCUCCACUGCACCAACAAUCAACAGAAGACAUGGAUGACGGCGGGGUUGGCGAUGCGAAUUGCGCAGAACAUGUGCUGCCAUCUCGCCGAGAUACCUUCGGUGCAGGGCUUUAGUGAUAACAAAGCCCUGAAACAGAAGUUAUGGGCGAGUUGCGUUGCACUCGAUCGAUGCAUCUCCUGGUCACUAGGUAAGACAUCGUCAUUGGUGCUGAUACCAUCCCCGCCAAUAACUACCCCCCAACAAUUAGGCCAGAAUGCGAUGCAUGAUGCCUGGGGAUUGGGACUCCACGAAAUCGGAAAUCAAAUUCAGUUGGCGCAGAUCCAGACGCGAACUAGUCUCGCAGGCAGAUUUCGCCCUCCGCUCCAAUCUCAGCAAGAUCAGUACCAUGAUGCAGCAUUGCAACUGGAUGCAUGCCUUCAAGAUUGGGAAAAUAGUCUCCCCAGCGAUUGGCAGUCACAGAACAUCAGAAUGAUUGUCGACAGGUCGUCCCGAGCUGAGCGAUACUUGCUUCAUCUUCGCUACCUCCACCACCGGAUCUUUCUAUUCAGACCCAUGCUCGCCCGCUUCUACUCAAUGAAAACAGACACCCAUCCUUCACUAAAGUCACGAAGCCUAAGCGACCGGCUCCUACGUGAAAGUGCCAGCAUGUGUAUCGAAGCCGCGCAGCAGGUGGCAUCGCUAGUUAAUGAGACUCUGGAACCAGAUGAGCCAAUCGGGAUGCUUCCGUGGUGGUACAGAAUAUACUACCUUCACAUCGCGGGUGCCAACUUCCUCGCAGCUAUGUUCCGAUCAGAACUUUACACAGACUCUGUUUCCCAGUCUUGGAAGAGUGUCCUUCUGGCACUCCGUGCCCAUGAACACUUAAGUCCCUACAUUCAUCAAUGUGUGCGGACAUUUGAGACUCUCGCGGCCAGGAUUCUGGGCAAGCCUUACCCCAGUCUGGAUGGUGGUGGGUGUGAUUUGAUGGUAGAUGGGUCUUCUGGAGUUUCUUUCGAUGAUAUUUUCCAAGAUGUCAAUAUUGAUUUCGACAAUUUUAUAUUUGGGCCCGAGGACUUCUCAGAAGGGUUGGUUUAG